UCAGCACAUGCUUACAGUCUCAAUCCCUUUAUGGUUUGACAGCGAAAAAAAGGUUUCAUGUCAGUCGGUUAAAAGUCAUUGUUGCCUGUCCAGCCAAUCAUAGUUUUUGACGACACAAAAGAGGCUAAAGUUGGAGUAUAAAAAGGUGUGCGCUAAUAAAGUAUGAUGCCGAUCAGUGCGGGACAUUAAUCCAAACCCAGUUCAGUGGCGCAUCAGGUCCAACGCACAGCACAGGAUCGUUCUCCAAACAACCUGCAGAGACAAUGCCUCUGUCUCAGAUAGUGCUCUAUCUCAGCUUGCUGAUCGUUUUGGGUCCAGUAGUUUUGAGUGGCCAAGAGACGCACCAGCAGAUCUCCGCCACCGUCGCAGAAGACACGGAGCAGUGCUCUACCUGCGAGGUCCGACAGCAGAUUAAAACCAUGCGAUUAAACGCGAUCAAAUCCCAGAUUCUGAGCAAACUGCGGAUGAAAGAAGCUCCCAACAUCAGCCGAGACAUAGUGAGACAGCUCCUGCCCAAGGCCCCGCCGCUGCAGCAGCUCCUCGACCAGUACGACGUGCUCGGAGAUGACAACAGAGAUGUGAUCCUGGAGGACGACGACGAGCACGCCAUCACGGAAACAAUAAUGAUGAUGGCUACUGAACCCGACCCCAUCGUGCAAGUGGACGAGGAGCCCAAAUGCUGUUUCUUCUCGUUCGCUCAAAAGAUCCAAGCCGGUCGCAUCUUGCGGGCUCAGCUGUGGGUGCAUCUGAGGCCGGCGUCCGAGGACACCACCGUGUUCCUCCAGAUCUCCCGCCUCAUGCCGGUCACGGACGGGAGCAGGCACAUACGGAUCCGCUCUCUAAAGAUCGACGUGAGCGCCGGAGUGAGCUCUUGGCAAAGUAUAGACGUCAAACAAGUGUUGAGCGUGUGGCUGCGGCAGCCGGAGACCAACUGGGGAAUCGAGAUCAACGCGUUUGAUUCGAGGGGAAAUGACUUGGCUGUGACCUCCUCGGAGCCUGGAGAGGAAGGACUGCAACCAUUUAUGGAGGUGAAGAUCUCCGAGGGCCCCAAGCGUGCCCCGAGAGACACAGGCCUGGACUGCGAUGAGAACUCACCAGAGUCCCGCUGCUGUCGCUAUCCACUCACAGUGGACUUCGAAGACUUUGGCUGGGACUGGAUUAUUGCCCCAAAGCGCUACAAGGCCAACUAUUGCUCCGGGGAGUGUGAGUACAUGCACUUGCAGAAGUACCCGCACACCCACCUGGUGAACAAGGCGAACCCAAGAGGGACUGCAGGCCCCUGCUGUACCCCCACCAAGAUGUCACCCAUCAACAUGCUCUACUUUAACCGCAAAGAGCAGAUCAUCUAUGGCAAGAUCCCUUCCAUGGUGGUGGACCGUUGUGGAUGCUUUUGAGUUGGGUCUGAGGCCCUGGCAAGAAUGGAGGACGGACGGAUGGGUGGGGCUGCUGUGGCUCGGUCUGGCUUCCGACUUCAGACUUUGACACAACCAAUCAACCAGUUCCAGUGCUUUCUUGUCGGUACAAUAGAACCAGAGUAGAGGCGAUGAAUAGCCUGACCCUCCCAAAGGGCACCGCUUUCUCAAGCUAUUUCUUUUCUUUCCUUUGCUUCCUCUGCUGUAGAAGUCAGAUGGAUGCAGGGACACAAAAACAGAUGUUGGACUUGGGGAGUGAAUGUAGACAGUAAAAAAUAGUCAGUUUUGCAAUAUUUUCUCAUGUUUCAGUGUUCUCUACAUUAUUUCAACCAUGCCAACAGAUCAUACUCAAACAUGCGCCAUCCACUCCAUUCCACUCCACUCCACUCCUAGUCAUCAUACAAGCUUUUACACUUUUUGCUGAGCUUUAUGUUGUGGUAAUCAUUUUUUAAAUUGUGUUUUCAGAGUGAAACCAGGAAUCCUCAUGGACUUUUUGAAAGGGCUUGGAAAAACACAGCUGGAGACCGUUUAGAGUGAUAUUUCACACUGGUAGAACACAAAGGCGAGUAGGGGGUUAAUGAAAAAUCAAUCUCAAAAACACACCCUAACCCCACCUAAACUCAUUUCAAUUAGUAAAAAUUAGGCCAUUUUCUCUCUGGUAUUCCAUGAAAAAAAUUGUAUUGUGCUCUUUGAAGAGCACAGCAGGGAGGAAAAUCCUCAGCACAGGUGACUGUUUGGUGGUUGAUCACUCGUGAGAUACAAAAAGAGGAAGCGUUCCACGGGGGGAAACACCACUUCAGGUCUUGUAUUCUGCCAUAACACUCAUACAGCCACAUAUCCACGGAGCAUCAUAAUCUACAACUAUUCAACCAAACAGCCUGACCUGCCCGAUACACUUGAAUUAUUCUGAUUGUAAUUUCACAUUACUGGACAGAAGGACUUGAACUGAAGGCACAGUGAAUGCAGCCUACAAAAUGAAAAAAUGUGUUAAAGACAGAGAACAUAGAUUGUUGAGCUGUAUGAAUGUUGAGAUCAUGCUUCAUUAAACUCUGUCUUAUGAACAACACAGUUUGCACUAUGGCACACCAAUAGAAAGAAUUGGUUGCUACAAAAGUUGUAAAAACUGAUUUUGAUAUGUUUGCUAAUUUGUAUUGUAUUACAUGUGCCAUUAUUUCCAGUAGGAGUUGCCUUUCUAUACCACUGUUGGUAAAUGUAUAAAAUGACAAUCUUGCAAGAUGUAAUACAGCAACUCUAUAUACUUGUUUUAACAAAUAAAGUUUCUAGCUUGUUUGUUCA